AUGGACAAAGACGACUUGCAAGCUCUUUGGCUUAGCCACAUGCAAAAAAACCCCUAUAGCAGAUGGGUCAAAGAGAACGGAGAGAUUAAACCCCACAAAGACACUGCCCAUGGUCACCAACAGAUUCAAAGUGACAGUGAUGGAACGCACUUUCUUAUUUUGAAGAAUGGUCAACGCAGAGAAAUCGUUUUGGCCGACGAGGUUUGUGGUGUCGUACUGCGUGAAUGGUCAACUUUCAAGCCUCAGCACAAGAGGCCUUUCAUACCAUAUCUAUUCAGACAAUAUGCAGGAUUUUCUCACUUGGACAUUGAGUUUAUCAUAACAGAGUACAAAAAGAGCAAGAAGGCACUUAAGGGAAAAGCUCGCGAUAUGGCUUCUGGAAAUCUUCUACCCAACGAUGAGCACUCGGAAAGAGUCUUGGGACUCGCUCCUCCAACUGAAAAUUCUGCUCCUUCUGGCGCCACUUCAUUGUCACAUUCACUCAACACCAAUACUGGAUUGCCUCAGGCUCAGAGCGACGCGCAUUAUCCUCAUUUCCAGAUUUCAGCAACCUCGCAAGACGCUACAACUACGCUCCUACACCUACCAUUAGCAGAAGAAAUAACUACACCAUGGCGCAAACUCCCGCUACCCUCGCUACCAUCAACGACAACCCGAUGGCGCAACACGAUGGCGCAACACGAUGGCGCAACACGAUGGCGCAACACGAUGCGCUACUCGCUCACGACCUUCCCAAUCUCAUUAGCCACUUCGCUAAUGCCGAAGGCAAAACCGUCCUCUACGAGCACUUCGAACUCAUCAUGGAUUCUCUGCGAUUUGGCCGCGUACCAGCUAUCCACAAUCCCGCAGGCCUGCCAUUCGCGAGCCAGAGUGUCUCGUUGGAGGCAUGCGAUCUCAUCGUCGCCGAUGAGACGCAUGCCGCGAGGAUCCUACAGGGCCCCCGAGAGGCUCUAUACGGAAAGGUCCUGUUGAUCCGCAGCUCGGCAGAGGCGGUAUUGCAUCCAGACUCGCUUGCGAGUAUGAUAUCUGCUUUCGAGGAGGUUGUGGAAGUCGACAAAUUGCGUACGAAAGCACGAAAGGCAUUCGUUACAGUCGACGUUCAGGAUAUGACAGUUGAGCGUGGUUGUAGAGAGACAACCAGCGUGUUGCUUGAGAAAGUUGUCGAGGCGUUGAGGGAUACUACACCAUGGGUCCCUUGGUGGAAAGCCACCAAUCAACCUCCCUAAUAUUGCCUCAAGACCCAAACACUUCAUUGAACCGCGAAUUCUCACAACAUAUGCGGCGUUUGGAAUCAUCGAUAAGAUCACCAAUCUUUAUAAGAAUGUGAAAGGAAGAAGCUUGGGAAAGGCCAUUCCAUUCGAAUUCGAGGCCUGUCGCAAUUUCCAGAUAUUCGGACAGAAACUCACGUCGUCGUUGUGGCACAAAGACACCAUGGGAUUCGGUAUAUGGGUUCGAUGUAUGUUUGGCAAGAAAGUGUGGCCCGUCAUGGCCAACAUGACAGACGAUGACUGGAAGGGGUUCACGACCCUUGGUACCACCUGGAAACCUAGGGAUCAAUCCGUACCACUCAUUGUUCUACAUCCUGGCGAUGUAUUGGUGAUGCUUUCGGGCAAUCACAAUGUCCAUGCCCCCAUUACCUUGGAGGAUUGUCACAUGGAAGGAGGUAUGUUUUGGGACACUCGGUGCAUGGGAGCGAUUCUGGAGCAUAUCAAAGCACAGUUGGAGUACGAUAGCAUCAGCAAUGAAGACGUUCCUGCUUCAUUGAAGGAUAUUUUAUCGUAUUUGCGGAAUUUGAUCAAGAUUUCCCCGGCAAAUUUUGGUGUUGAGGAUGAUAAUGGAGAGGAGCUUAUUGGUCAGAUAGACGAGGUGCUCGCUUCCCAAUCAAACAAGCGAAAGCAGGGAAGGAUGAAUUGA